AGUUCGCAUUCUAUGGAACUGAAUGACUUACGAGAUUUCCUUCGUGACGCGGUAAUUCGGUUGGAAGAUGGUGGAAUCUUUGCAGUCCACAGAGUCGUUCUUUCGGAGCAUAGCGCAUAUUUCAGGACCCUAUUCACCACACAAUUACGUAUUCAGGAAAAUACUGAUGUUUAUCUGCCCGGAGUGACCUCAGAGACCAUGAAUUUGAUACUGGAUUAUGCUUAUACGGAGAACGUGAAUAUCACCCACGAGAACGUGUGUCAGCUGCUGAUGUCCGCUGACUACUUGAUUGUGCCAGGCCUUCUUGAUCUCUGCUGCGACUUCCUCAGGAGGGUGAUGGCCACUGAGAACUGUAUUGGCAUCUUACGCUUGGUCAGUGCCCACUUCUGUUCCAGCUUCGAGGCUGAGGCGCGCCGCUUCUUGAUGCGCAACUUUGUAGAAAUUUCGCAGCAAAGUGACGAGUUUCUGGAACUGCCGCCAGAGGAACUGCAAGCUCUGAUAUGUUCAGACGAACUGAAUGUUGGGACUGAGGAGAUUGUGUGGGAGAGCAUCCUUCGGUGGAUCAAUCAUGACAAAGAGAACAGAAAAUGCCACAUCGCGGAGCUCUUGAAGAGAGUCAGACUGGGACUGAUGGACCGAAAUUUCUUUCUUAAAAGAUUAAUGGUCCAUUCUUAUGUGACUGGGAAUUGUGAAAGUCAUCUCUUCAUAACGAAAGUUAAUAAUUAUGUGCAUGAUUCGGGAAGUAUUACUCGGAAAGACGGGGAAGUCCCUAUUCCAGACUUUGUCCGUCCACGUAUGCCGCACGACAUCCUAUUUGUUAUUGGUGGAUGGAGAGGAUACAGUCCUACGAAUGUAAUCGAAACGUACGACGCACGAGCAGACCGAUGGUUUCAAGUAGAAGCGGUCGACCCGGCCGGUCCGCGAGCAUUCCAUGGCACGGCAGUGAUUGGUUUCAACAUUUACGUGAUCGGAGGCCACAACGGGAAAGAUUACUUGAGUUCGUGUCGAUGCUUCAACGCUGUGGAGAAAACGUGGUGCGAGGUGUCACCCAUGAACACACCCAGGUGCUACCUGAGCGUGGCAGUGUUGGAAGGCGUAGUGUACGCUAUGGGUGGCUAUGACGGCAUCCGCCGCCAGAGAACAGCUGAGCGUUAUGACUACCAGAAGAACCAGUGGUCCUUCAUAGCGCCCAUGAAUGUACGGCGCUUCGAUGCCAGUGCAGCCACGCUGAACGGUAAGAUCUACCUCGUUGGUGGAUUGAACAAUGGGGAUUGUAUGAACUCAGCAGAGGUAUACGACCCAAAGGCCAACCAAUGGACCCUUAUUCCGGCCAUGAAUUUUAGACGUAGCGGCCUUUCCUGCGUCGGCUACCAUGGGCACGUGUACGCCAUAGGAGGGCUGGACGGUAGGACUCGCAUGUCUAGUGGCGAGAAGUACAAUCCCACAACGGGGACAUGGAAGCUUAUCCCUCAUAUGCGUAGAUCCCGCAGUAAAUUCGGUAUUGAAGUGGUCGACGACAAGAUCUUCGCUAUCGGCGGUUUCAACCGAGCCACCACCAGACCUGAAGUAGAAUAUUAUGACGAAAAAUCUAAUGAAUGGUUUGAAGCGAGUAAUAUGAUUGCAUGCAGAAUAGCUCUGUCGGCCUGUGUUGUCAUGGGUUUGCCUAACGCAAGUGAUUACAUUCGUAAGACCAGGGAUCGAUUAAGGGGGAAGCGCCAGGAUAUUUUUGGCCAUGAAAACUGA